CAGAAGACAAGCCCCGGAUCCCACACGACUGCUGAUAGGAACACCGACGCUUGAAGAUAAAUGGCGGCACUCCUGCAUCUGCUCACACGUUUGGCUCCGCUGCUGUCACUUGCCGGAGCAAAAGUUGUCGCCGAUUUUGACAACAACUGGUGUGGCAGCUUUUUUUACAAGAGCACUCAGCCACAAAUGCGAGACUGCAACUCAUGCGAUAAGAUCUGCCAGAUCUACAAGGACGUCAACCGAUUUGCUACCCUCUACGACCAUGAAAAACGGAGCCCGAUCUACUCUGCAUACGUCUUCAACGAUCAAAAAUGCGGCACAGCUCCGAAAAGACCUAGCGCUUGGUUCAUUGAGCCACAGUUGAUCAAUAAAUCUUACGAUGCGAACAUGGCACUUCCAAACAGCUACGAAGGUGUCGAGGAUAAGCAGGCGGUGGAUGGUGACUACAAAAACACGGCCUUCGACCGCGGACAUCUCAACCCGAACUUGUAUCAUUGCAAUGAAGGCAGGACGGCCACGUUCACCUUGACAAAUGCCGUCCCAAUGGACGCAUGCUUUAACAGAAUAAAAUGGUACAACUACGAGAAACAUACUAAAGACAUCUUACAAAACAUGUGUCCCUCACCAUCGAAGGCUUAUUUAAUUACUGGUGUUGUUCCUUCCAUGCUCAAAAUCCCUAUAUCACCAGAUGACUGGCUUGAUGAUGAACCCAGAACCUUUGACAGAAUCUCUGUUGCAUUAUAUGUAUGGACUGCAGUUUGCUGUGACCACCUUGACAAAGAUAAAAAGUUUAGUUUUGGAUACUUUGGGGAUAAUUUACCCGAAUUUGAAAUCCAACUAUUAACAAUUGAAGAUCUUGAAAACAAGUUGAAGAGGUAUUAUUCCGACAACAACCUUGAGCUCUUUGCUGGUAAAUGUGAUGGUAAUGUUAAAGUCAGGGAUGACAUUAUACAAAUAAUCAGAUUAAAAAAUAUCGAAACAUAUGCGUCAUCUCUUUCAGCGAUCCAUGAAUCUUUUCCACCAGCUCAACGAGGACUUCCCGAAAAGCGGAAGCGCAUAUGCCGAUCAGGAGAUACUUGUAUUCGCUACUCUCCUUCCUCUUCAAUAGUGACUGUACGGGGUAUCCCAUGCCGAUAUAAUUUCCCCUGUGGCUACCACGGUCAGUCAUAUUUCUGGUGUUACACAGACAGUAAAAACAACUGGGAUUACUGCUGUGCACCAAAUUCAUAUUGCGGGAAGCAUAAAUAUUCGUACAAUUGGUGCUACAUUGACACGAUUGGCAAGAAUUAUGCAAAGUGUGCAGAUUUGGUAGCACUAUAUGAUGAACUGGAAAAACGCGCCCCCCCCUCAUAUUAGUCAAGGAGGGGAUAUUUAACCCCUAAGUUUCAAGCCCUCACAGCCAUAAGUAUUGAUCACGAAUAUCGUUUUUUUUCAGUUUUGACCUGUAUUAGAAAACUAGAUAAGGCAAUUGGCUUUGACUCACCACCAGUCCAUCUGUUAAUCGAGAUAAUGUGACAGUAGAAGGCCAAUCAUAACUACAUUAGCCGUAAAAAUGUCACGUCUCAAGAGCAGUUCCCCCUCUCAUUACAAUGAUAGAAUAAGAAUAUUAUAAGAUCGCAAAAUGAAUCUCCAAACCUAUAUCCCUCCAUCUACGCUUAAGCUUUCGUCCACGUUUUUAAUGGAGUGCAGAUCGUCAGUAACACCAGGGAGAUCGCCGCUUUUCGGAGAUGAGACAUGUUUUAAAUUAUACCGAAGAGUUCAGAUGGUUAGAAUGUGUUGUCCUCCACGGAAAGAAAGUGAAAGUUUGAGGAUAAGGAAAUUGACUGAGAAAGUUAGUUUGAAUAUCAAUAUUUGAAGUUCCUGUAUUUGAUGGAGAGUUUGAUUCCGGUCGAGGAAGAUGGCGAAUCAAGUUUAAAAAGAAUGGCAUAUAGGCAAGCUAGACUUUAUAAUUAGAUUAAGGGUCUCAUAAAGAUUUACAUGUUGGGAAAAACCAACAAAAUCUAAAAGGGCUACAUUCCUUCACAACGAUACAGUUCGUAGAGCCAACAUGAAUAUGAAAAUCACAUAUGAAUUGAAUUCGAUUGUAAGUAGGAUAUGAAAAUUAAAAUAAAUUGGAAAUGCUCUGUAAAAUGUAAAAUAUGGAAUUUUAUUUCGGGGGGCGGGGGGGUAUACAUUAAAAUACUGAUGAAUCGCUAUGCACCUUGAUUUAAGGGCCGAAUCAUGUGAAGGGGUUAAGUUUAAAUCAAGACGAUGGAUUAUAGAAAAGUAGCCACCUCAACCAGAAAACGCGCCUUUUCAACUCUUGCAUAACAAGAUCCGACUACUUGGUUCAGCAGGAAGCAGUCUUCCUAUUAUGUGAUGAUUCAGUCAGACAGAGCAGCUCACAACCUGUGGUCGAGCAACAAUUAAUUGAUUAGUAAGGCCUUGCUGAUUAGUGGACGGAUAUUCCGUGUUAAGGCAUUGCUGUCGAGUGAUUGGCAUAACAUUAUGAAUAAACUAUAAAGAGGUAAGGUCCACUGAACAAUUUAACUCUUAUUCAGAAGCAGCCAGGCCACAAAUGAUAGUUCAAUUAAGUGGUUAAUUACAUGGAAAUGUAUCGCAGCCAAAUUCUCUAAAGCAUGUUUCUAAAUGUGGAAGAAAAAAAACAGAGGACAGUGUCGAAAAAUCCACACGACGAUCGCAAGAGAGAUACGGAAACACUAAAUAUAUGGGCGUAAGGGUAAAGAUCGAACCCAUAACUUUCUGUAUACCUUGUGAGUUAUUUAAGAUCUAGUAGUAAUGCAUCACCACCAUGGUGAGAUGUUAAUAGUAAGGCCUUGCUAGCUAGUGAAUGGACAUUGAGUAGUAAGGCUUUGCCAUCCUGUGAAUGGGUAUUGAGUAGGAAGACCUUGCUUACUUUUGGGCGGACAUUGAGUAAUCAGACCUUGCUGUCCAAUGAACAGAUAUGGAGUAGUAAGACUUUGCUAGCUAGUGACCCGACAUUGUGAAGUAAGGCCUUUGCUGUCCAAUGAACAGACAUUGAGUGGUACGGCCUUGCUAGUUAGUGAACGGAUAUUGAGCAAAGCCACCAUAAACGAUGUUCAGCUCCGUUCCACCCAUGGAAACAUUGCCAGUUGUUUGACUUAAAAUAUAUAUCUGAAAAUUGUAGUAAUUAACUGUCUAGCUGGGUUGAACAGUGCUGCGCUGAUAACUGCUGAUGGUACCAAUGUAGUGUGCAUCAUGUGUAGCUGGGAUAUCGCACACUAAUGUGUACCCUUGUUCCUCCUUCAUGCACUCAUUCAAUUGCUCUGGAAACGUUACGUUAUUAUGGUUAAUGUAGUUGCGAUUUUGCCAUCCGUAAAAUUAUGUCGACUAGCAGACGGGUUCGUGUUGAGUUUAAAUAUACAGUAUAGGCCUUUUUUCAAAAAUGUAUAUUAAGAAUAAUUCUGCCAAUUUGUUUUUAAUAAUCAAACGGGGUGUAGCAAAAAAAAGUGAUACAAAUCUUACUCACACCUCACCCCACUGCCUCUCACAAGCCACACAAGAAGGCAGCUGGAGAUAAGCCAGAAAAUGUAAUAAAACCCCGGGGCAAAGGGAGGUUAGUGACAAUCUGGGAAUCUCCACGGGGCAAAGGACCAUAAGACACGGUCUCCACGCACGUUCUGGACAGUUUCCCAAACAAAUCCUCCAGACCCACUGGCAUCUGGAAAAACAGCCUGGUCUCACAUCGAAACUCGCUGAUACAGACUUCACACCACCCCAGUCGAUUAUCCACGGACGGCGAGAGCCACAGGGCAAACGGACAUUAUUGCAACUGGAGUUUUGUUUUUAACAACGGUCAAAGUUCGAAUCGUAGCGACAAGAAUAAAUCGACAUUAUAGACUGCCAGUACACUCUCAGAUUAAGAACCAGACUGCAAUUUACCUGAGUGGCUUUUAUUAUUACUUAUUUUAUUUUAUCCUUUAUCGCCUCAUAUAUUUUUUAUUAUUACUCUUUGGUUCUUUCAGUAGAGCGGCGUCUGCUUAACUCAAAGAGUUGAGCAAGGUAACCAAACACCCACACACACAUAACACACAUAUCGGGACUAAUAAGAUGACUUCAAAGUUUUCUUUGUCUUCCAAAAAGGGUGGCCAUCCUAAGCUGGUGUGUUAACUAUUAGCUGAUCGUGAAAAGCAUUGCUGCCCAUUGAGUUACGUAGAUACGGUCGUUUAGAAGUAUUUUAGGCAUUCUUUUUGUUAAUUGCCUAAUUGUACCAAAAUAAUUAAUUGAUGAAACUAAACAUUUAUAAACAUCUCCGUUACGAAUCUACACACUCAAAGGGAUACUUCUGUGUUCAAAAAUUAUUUAAUCACAAAAUCUUGCCCGCGAAUUUAUUGAAGCCUUAGCCAAUUGAUAAGCAUUUGCUUGACAAGCAGACACACUUGCCGCACACCAUUCUUCCAGGACAUUUUGUUAAUUGCAAAAUCUUACAAAUGACUUCAUUGAGGUCUGCUUUUGCAUUAGGAACAUGUUUCUUCAUUAUUGUCCUAUGAAUAUUGUCUCAUUAACUUUUAAGGACUUUUUCCUAUCGCCUUAUAUGCUCACUUUACUCUGAGGAAUUAGCCAAUUGUUCUGUUACCCAGUUUAACAAACGUAACCAUUGAGGGUUAAAUGUACGGAUCAAUGAAGACAUCUCCAGGAGUACUGUAUUUACAUUCCUAGCAUAAGCGUUAGCAUAUUAGAGUGUGAUGAUUUUUUGAUAUAUUAAAGUUGCUUAACACAG